UCAUUCACAUUCACAUCACUUUCCGCGAGUGCUUCCGUCAAACAGCUGUUGUUAAGUUGUUGGAUUGUUUGGUUGUUGUAAAGGCACGAAUAUUCAUGAACUACUAUUGUUAAAGCUGAGAUAAUUAUUUCGAAACAUCACUAUCGAUUGCGUGGUGUAGAUAAAUCAGUUUUUGUUCUUUGUGCGUCGAUACAAGAUACCUUAUCGCGUAAUUAUUUUAAUCACUUUUUUAUAAACAACUUGUUACCACUGCAACUUUGAACUUGGUACUCUAUUGUGUUUGUGUUUGAAUAAAUUAGCAAAAUGACGCUGGGUAUUACAAAUUUGAAACCCAAAUCAACUAGUGUCGCUGAGGCGGUCCAAAAGGCACGAGACACAUACAACAGAGGCGUCACUCGCCCCUUAAAAUGGCGUCUUCAACAGCUGAAGAACCUCCUUCGUAUGUAUGAGGAGAACCGCAACGCGAUGAUAGAGGCCCUCCACAAGGAUCUAAGGAGGAGCAAGAUGGAAGCUGUCCUGCUAGAAGUGGAUUACCUCAUCAAUGAUCUGAAGAAUACCAUUCACAAUUUGGAGAAAUGGGCUAAGCCUGAGAAGCCAGAAAAAGGCUUCGUGAAUAUGCUGGACGAGGUGGUGAUCUACAACGAUCCCUACGGCGUGGUCCUGGUCAUCGGCGCUUGGAACUACCCCCUGCAGUUGCUGCUGCUGCCCAUGUCUGGUGCCAUCUCGGCUGGCAACGCCGUUAUUGUGAAGCCCAGUGAACUGGCAUCGGCCUGCGCUGCGUUCGUGGCUGAGACGCUGCCUAAGUAUCUGGAUAGUGAUGCCGUAAUCGUGGUAGAAGGUGGUCCGCAAGAAACCACGGAGCUCCUUCAGCAGAAGUUCGACUACAUCUUCUUCACGGGAGGCACCAGCAUUGGCAAGAUCAUUUACGAGGCUGCCGUCAAGAACCUUACGCCGGUCACUCUUGAACUUGGAGGAAAGAGCCCCACCUAUAUCGACAACACAGUAGACAUGAUGGUGACAGCCAAACGCAUCCUCUGGGGCAAGUUCAUCAACAGCGGCCAGACGUGCAUCGCUCCCGACUACGUUCUGUGCACCAAGGAGGUGCAGGACAAGUUCAUAGCGGCCGCCAAGAAGGUCCUCAACGAGUGGUAUGGAACCGACCCUCAGAAGUCACCGGAUCUCGCCAGGAUUAUUAAUAGCAGGCAUUUUAGCCGCCUCCAAGCCCUAGUCGACGCGAGCAAAGACAAAAUCGCAAUCGGAGGUUCGUACGACGCGAACGACAAAUUCAUUGAGCCCACAAUUCUGACAAACGUCGUGGCUUCAGACAAAAUCAUGCAGGAUGAAAUCUUUGGACCCAUCCUCCCUAUUGUUCCCAUUGAAAACGCUUUCGAAGCAAUCCAAUUUAUCAAUGAGCGAGAGAAGCCGCUAGUGCUGUACGUGUUCAGCAAGAGCAAGCAGGUUCUGUCCAGUAUAGUGGACAACACUAGUAGCGGAGGGAUGUGCGUUAACGAUACCAUGAUGCACAUGGGAGUUGAGACGCUGCCGUUCGGCGGUGUGGGCGCCAGUGGCAUCGGUGCCUACCACGGCAAGAAAACUUUCGACACGUUCACACACAAGAAGAGCUGUCUCAUCAAGAACUUCUCGCCUAUUGGGGAGAAGCUUGCUUCUGGUCGCUACCCGCCCUACACCGACGGCAACUUGAACUUCAUCACCACACUCAUGCGCAAGCGCUUCGGCCCCUCCCUCAAGUUCGUGCCGUACUUACUGGCGUUCGCGCUCGGCGCCGGCCUGUCUUACGGCAUCUUCGCCUGGCAAAAGAUGAACUCCGAAGAGUAGAGAGCUGACUGAAGCGGCAUCAAAGAGGAUUGCUGCAAACCUAUUGUGAUAAUGUUCUAGAGUUAAAUACUGCAAAACUGGUUAUAGAGAAUAAUCCUAACAAUACUGUAAUUUGUUUUCGUUUUCUCAAUAUUAUGUAUCGAUAUUGUUAUACGUAAUUUUGGUUAGACAUAUUGAGUGAGACUCUAAUUUAUACAUUUUAUCUAUAACAUUGUUCCUUCAGUUGAUAUCCACAAAGUCUAUGUUAUAAAGAAAUAUUCAAGCACUUUAAAAUAUUGGGCCUUAUAGGAAAACUAUGUGCCUUCUCUGUAGAAAUAGGUGAUAGCGCACUUAGGUGAUCUAAUCACAAAGCAAUAUUAGUCUUAAUUUAUUACCUUACUCUACAUACAUAAUAUAUUUUGCCAUGACGUUUACAUAUUCUCGUGCAAUUAUUGUCUUAAUUUAUAUAUGAAGGAUAUAAGCAUUUAUUUUUAUACACUUUUUGUAAGCCAAGUUUUUUCCGCUUGGCAAGCAAUUUAGGGAAUGUUAGCAUGCAGUGUAAGAUUCAAAUCACUUGCCAAACACGCUUGGCUCCUUUUUUACUGCAUUCCGUUGGCUUGAUAAGUAUAUUUCGAAUAAGUAUUUAUUGCAUUUAUUAAUCACUGAGGAAUCUAUGUUUAUUUAGGCUGGCAAGCCUUCUUGUUUUAUAAUGUCAGUAAAAUAUGAAGAAGAUACUUAUUUUAUUAAAAUAUGGUCAAUAAUUAUAAAACAAUAUGAAUUUACACAUUUUUUAGCUCUAGUGGAAGCUUAUUAAAAUUAUAUGUAAUUUGUAAUUGUGACUGUAAUUGGUAUACCUAGUAGUUGUUAUAAGUUAUAAAGUUUACGUUAUUCUCGUCCUAAGCAUUAAAAAUGUAAGGUUGUUGGAUUCUACGUGUAUUUGUAAUGUAAAUAAAAGGGAACAAUGGAUCAGAGACAAA